AUGGCUAUCCUUCUCACCGGCGGCGCCAACGCCCAAACCGCCCGGCGUAUCGCCAGCCUCUGCGACGAGGCCAAGAUCCCGUACCUGUUCGCGUCGCGCAGCGCUCCAGCGUCUGGCAGCUCGAACCCGCCGCAGGUCAAGUUCGACUGGACCGAUGCUAGCACCUAUGAGAACCCCUUCCAAUAUUCCUUCCCGGGCGGGGAGUCCAUCCGCGCCGUCUACAUGAUCAUGCCCCGCGUGCCGCAGCCCGAGAAGCACAUCAACGCCUUCAUCGACGUCGCCGUCGCCCGCGGUGCCAAGCGGUUCGUCUUCAUGGCCGGCACCACGGUUGCGAAGCCGACAAGCGAAGGCCCGGCCAACGUGUGGCAGCAUAUGCUGGACAAGGGAGUUGAGUGGGCUGUGUGCCGUCCCACGUGGUUCAUGGACAACCUGGCCGACGGCUUGCACCAAAAGACGCUGAAAGAGGAUGGCAAGCUCUACAGCUGCAUUGGAGACGCCAAGGUCCCCUUCAUCAGCGCCGUCGACAUCGGCAGCGUGGCCUUUGCCGCCCUGACGGCGUCGAAGCCCCCCAACAUCGACUACCGCAUCGUCGGUCCCGACCUCCUGACGUAUGACCAGGUCGCCGCUCAGCUGGCCGAAGUCCUCGGUCGGCCCGUCGAGCACGUCCGGCUGACGCCCGAGGAGCGGACCGAGCAGCUCAAGAAGCUCGGCCUCGACGCCCACUCGGCGCAGUACACGACGUGGCUGGAGUCGCAGGCUUCGGGCGAGGAGCACAUGAACGACACUGUGGAGAAAGUCACGGGCAAGCCGCCCGUCAGCUUCCACACCUUCAUCGAGCAGAACAAG